AUGAUUGUAUCGCUGGUGGUUUUGCUCAUCUCAGGAGAAUCUUUUUUCGUGUCUGGCCAGUGCCCCAAGCGAGAUAUCAAGUGCACUUAUCCUGUUCUCAAGGAGUUCGAUUCCUCGGGCAAGCAACUGUUGGGUCAUGCAUCCUGCAUCAGGAAGGAAUGUUCAAAUGUUGUCGAGCACGAUAAUGGGGAGUCCAAACAGACCGUGUUGACGAUUCACAAUGAAUACCGACGCAUCAUAGCACUUGGAGAGGACGCGCACUUCAAGAGGCGAGCACGAUCGAGUCAAGGAGCCGGGAACAUGCUGCAACUCGUUUGGGACGACAACCUAGCCGAAAACGCCAUCAAAUGGGCUUUUCAACUCUGCAUGGAUCGAGGAAGACCCACAGGUCGCUUGUGGCGUCACGACAUGCUGAAGUGCCGGAGCACCGAUCAGUUCGAGAACGUCGGUCAAUCGCUAUUCUGGGUGCACGACGCUCAAGGUUCAAUGAAUUGGAAGCAUGCUAUCGGGUCGUGGUUCAACCAGCGCUUCAACUUGGUCGAGGACCAGCUCCAUCAACCGCCGGGGCUGCAUACGAACGUUACUGAAUUCCUGCAACUCAUCUGGGCAGACACGUUUAAGGUCGGAUGCGGUUACCUAAAGGCAACUUUUGACAACCCGGUGGAUCCCGUGAGUCGUUAUGUGCAAUCGAUAUACGUUUGCAACUACGGCCCGCAGGGGAAUCGGCCGUGGCAGUACGUGUAUAGAGUCGGACGAGCUGCUUCUAACUGUCCGAUCGGUUCUGCUCCCAGUAAAGACUACAAGGGACUGUGUAAGGUUUUCGAUGAGGAUCUGGUCCGGGAAAGUAAUGGCAACUACUGA